CACCAACUUGACAUUGAUUCAUCUUGUCACCAUGUCUCUCGAGAGCAGCCCAACUGCUUCGCCUCUUCGGAAAUCGACGAAAUUUGAGGGUUCACCGUCUCGUUUGUUUUUGACAGCUCUCUGUGCAAGUCUUGGCCCCUUCACAUUCGGGUUUACAAUUGGUUAUAGCUCGCCUGCAAUUCCAAAACUAGAGCAAGAAAAACUUCUCGAUGGGAAAAGUUUGACAGGAUGGUUUGGUGCUUUGAUGACGGUCGGCGCAAUUUUCGGUGGUCCUUGUGGAGGCAAGUUAAUCGAGAAAUAUGGCAGAAAACAAACAUUGACAAUAGCUUCCGGCGUAUUCCUUGUUGGAUGGAUCAUGACAGGAUUGGCGUCAGGUAUUCAAAGCCUACUCUUUGGUAGAACAUUAUGUGGAUUUGCAAGUGGCCUUGUAACAGUAGCUGCCCCUGUCUACUUUGCGGAAAUUUCCACAAAGACACUGCGAGGAUUUCUUGGAGCAAGUAUGCAGUUGUCGAUAACCAUUGGCAUUGUAGCAGCAUAUGCCAUAGGAAUGACAUGUUCCUGGUCUAUGUUAGCAUUCUUUGGUGCCAUGCCUGCAGCACUGGCGAUAUUAUUACUCUUCUGUAUCCCAGAGACACCCAGAUAUCUUAUCCUGAAGAACAGGAGAAAAGAUGCAUUGCUAGCAUUGGCAGCUCUGAGGGGACCUCAUACAGAUGUGGAGGAUGAAUGUAGAGAUAUUGAAGAGGGAUUCAUGCAGGAAUCUGGAUCCUCUUUCUCUUAUUCAGAGUUUAAAAAACCAGAACUAUCUCGUCCCUUGUUUAUCUCUGUCAUGAUCAUGGUUUUUCAACAGUUCAGUGGGAUCAAUGCAGUUAUGUUUUAUACAGUGUCCAUAUUUCAGAGCGCUGGGUAUAAGAACAGUGAACUUGCGACUGUUGUUAUUGGCAUUGUUCAGGUACUUGCUACACUUGUAGCUUGCUUCUUAAUGGACAAAAUGGGCCGAAAGAAAUUGCUAAUAAUAGCAGGCUCCAUAAUGGCACUGACUUGCACAACAUUUGGAUAUUACUACUUUCGCAUCAGAAGUGGAACGCAUGCAGACAUCAGUUGGCUUGCUAUUACAAGCCUUGUCAUCUACAUCAUAGGGUUUUCCUUGGGCUGGGGCCCAAUCCCUAUGUUAGUGAUGUCGGAACUUUUCCCAGCCCCAGCACGGGGAGCAGCUAGUGGCAUUGCAAUGUUUACAAACUGGUUUUGUGCUUUCCUCAUAACCAAGGAAUUCAUUUUGUUGCAAGAACUGUUUGGUCAAGCAGGUACUUUUUGGAUCUUCGGAGUCUGCUGUCUGUGUGGUGUUAUGUUUGUGUCCAAGUACCUACCAGAAACCAAGGGAAAAUCCUUAGAGGAUAUUGAGUUGUAUUUCUUGGGAAGGAGUAUGAUGAUGUAAAAUUAUCGAGAAUCUCAUUUAUUUGUUAAAAUAAUUUAUAGGGCUGGGACAAAACACUUUCCUCUAUAUCAAUACAUAUCACAAUAUUUGUGCCACAAUAAAGUAUGUAGAAUGAUGUUGUGCAUGUAAUUAUAAAAUUUUCAUUUUGUGUUGAAUAAACACUAUAUUUCUUCACUAAUAAUAAUUUAUUCAUAGAAGCCUUAUAUGUGAUGUAAAACAAAAUG